AUGGGCUGGUUUGAUGGAAAAUCUUCAUCCUCGUCUUCCCAUCACUCUCAUUCCCGCCGACGUUCUUCCCCCUCACGACGUUCCACUUAUUCAACUCAUCAUCCUCGUCACUCUGCUCCCUCGAUUUUCAGUCUGAACGGCGGUGGUAGUCGUGUCGGACGCACCAGCCCGUCCGUGCUCUCUUCGUCCUCAUCGCGGCGCGCACGGCCCCGAACAGGCUUCGUACAGAAGGUGGUUCGCGCCAUCAAACGCUUGCUCCGCGACAUUUACGACUAUGCGCGUCGGAACCCGGUGAAGGUUCUCAUGCUGGUUGUCAUACCGCUCCUCACGAGUGGUGUCCUGCAGAAAUUGCUCGCCAUGAUCGGAAUCCGACUGCCAAAGGGGCUUUUUGGCGGGAACUCAUCGAAGCCCAGUGGCAACAGCAUGUCAGACAAUAUCAAGGGCCUCAUGAACAUUGCGAAAAUGCUGAUGUAA